AUGCUUCUUCACCUUCUGCAAUGGUUUCAAGCCACUUUAAAGGCCUCCACGAUCAUUUCCGGAGCCAUAGCUCUAAUUAUUCCACUAUGCAUUGCCUUAGCGGUUGUUAUCAGCACUGGAGGUGUCUUUAUAGCACCGAGGCACCUGAGACACCUGCGAAGGCUCGGCGUAUCCGCCAGCAACAUGGCGGACCAGUAUGAUCCCAAAUUCGACAUACCAGAAGGUACCACAUCCGGUGGACCGAUACGUAUCAAGGCGAUGUACAUCCAUCCCAUCAAGUCAUGCGGGCCUAUCGAGGUGAAUCGCGCCUUGCUCACCAAGUCCGGGUUUAUGUACGACAGAUGUUUCGCUUUUGCAACGGAAAUCAUCAAGACCGACACAGACGCGGGGACGGGAUGGCGAUUCAUCAGCCAGCGCACCAAGCCAAUGAUGUCCCAGAUUCAGACAGAGUUAUGGCUUCCGCAAAUGAAGAGCAAUCCACACGACCCCCUCGUUCAGGCAGGCGGGUGUGUCGUUCUGAAAUUCCCAGACCCGGAUGAUUCUAGCUGGACCACUCAGCUUGAAACUCUUUUUCAUACGUGGAGGCCCUACGCGACGCCAGAGCUUUCCUUUGUCGUACCCCUCCACCCUACACCCGCCCAAAUGCUCGAAUUUCAGAUUGGGCUGAAGACAUUCACCAUCCACAACCGCGAUGCAAAAGGCUUCGAUAUGGGGAAAAUCCCUUCUGUUGCAACAGCGCUACCGAAACUCAAGAAGCUUCUCAGAAUCUCACAGAAUCAAAACCUCACCCUGCUGCGAUGUACGCCGGAUUCUCUUACCCGUACCGAUACGAAUCUGGCACCACUGGACUACAUUGGUUCGCCGGCAGUACACGGCUACACGGAUCAGCAACCUGUCAAUAUUAACAGCUUGUCCUCGGUCCACGCAGUAUCGGCGGUCCUUCCUCCGGAGAAUCAGCCCCUCAACGCACUUCGUUUCCGCGCAAAUAUAUGGAUCACCGGGACGCCUGCAUACGCAGAGGAGACUUGGAAACGAUAUCGCAUCCUGCCAAAGAUUGCUAGUACGGAACUGCGAGCUAGUGUGGCGCCGACGUUGUCUGUUGUGUGCCGCACGUCUCGAUGUACAAUGCCUAACGUUGAUCCGGGGACGGGGACAUUUGACAGAGACAUCCCGCCUCCACACAAGAAAAAAGGUAGACCACAACCAAGCACAACGUUAGUGGAGCACCGUACGGUCGAAUCCGGAAAUAGAAUGGCGCUUGGCUACAUAGGCAUGCAUUGCGUGCCCGAGGAUCGGAGUUUGAACGAGGCUGAGGAACGGAAAGCAGGCUUAUACGUUGAAGUCGGCGAUGAGAUCGAGGUUCUGGAACAAGACGUACAUCUCUAUGGAUCAACGGGUAAUGACUACUAG